GUCGUCCGAGACACAGAUCCCAUUUCCCCCGUUACAAAAACCGCAAUGCCAAUUUCCGGAUCGCUCACGAUUAAGGUGCACAAUAUCGAGGCCAACUUCGGUGAGGAAGAUUAUUACGGGAAGAAGCUGGCCGUGCGCUUCGCCGUGGGUAAGUCCGAGUACACGACUAGGUUCAAGAAACACGACGUGCGUAUCGACGAGAACGCCACCCUGCGUGUGCACGAAGCCGCGACUGAUUCCAAGCUUACCAUCGAGUUGCUUCAGGAGAAGGUCAAGAAGCCUCUUGUGAGCACGCAAAAGUCGCUGGCCGAGUUCCAGAACAACCCAGUGAACCGUAAGAUGACGUUCACGUUCGGCUCUAAGGGCGCGCCCAGCACGGCGUUGCUAUCGUACAGUGCCGACUGGGAGUCGAGCGAGACAACGUUGGCCGCGUUUGAGACCCACCGGCCAUGGUUCAUGCGUGCGUCGUACUACUACGACACCACAAAGAACGUGUACAACUACACCACGAGCUUUCGUGUGGUGGCCCCGUUCGCCCGCUUCGGCGAGAACACGGCCGACACGGUACUCACCAAGGUGAGUGGCAAGACGCUGUUCGACAUUGACUCGGCUUGGGUUGGCCCCGGUUUUAACGCCUUGGACGAUAAGGUGGAUGCCGGCAUCUCGGCCGUUUUCAACACGCUGUACAAUGGUCAGCUGUACGCUCUUAAAAAGAAGGACGAAGCUGUGGAUUUGGCCUCCAGGGCAGUUAAGAAGACGGGCGAGUCGGCCGUCCAGACCAAGGACUUUACCGUCAACACGGUCUCGUCCGCUUCGUCGGCCGUGUACAACACGGUGGCCGGUGUGGCCGACUACACCAAGACACAGGUAGUGCACGCGUCAUCGUCCACGUACGGCACGGUCAAGGGCAUCACAGUCUCGGUGCUCAGCUACGUGCCCGUGAUUGGCCCUAAGAUUGUGGCAUAAGCCGAGGAACCGACGGCCACACCGACGUCAAUUUCGUCACAAGCAGGCAGAAGACCGUGAGUGCAUUUUUGGCGGUUGUGGCGAUGCAACUGCAACUUUUUUCGUUUUUUUUUUUCGUGUUAAAAUCCAAAAUGUCUUUGCCUACUUAACCCUUUCAAACUUGCUUAAUCAUUUC